UUAAUAGGGAUGGUAAAUUCGAUUCCGAUUCUACUGGAGAAUCGAGUUUUCUCGUAAAAUAACCGAAUUUUCGGAAUCUAUCUUCAGUAGUCGAAGUCGAUUAAGAAUCGCUUCUUGAUAUUCGACUUUGUCCCACUCUGUCAUAAGUCGGCUACCGCGAGCAUUGAAUGGUGUUGUUUGAUUUAUCGCGCUUGUGGACAAUUUAAAGGAAAGUUAUUGAGUAAAAUUUACUUAUCGGUACCAUCUACGUACUAAAUUGUGUGAGUCAAAUUUACUUAUCAGUACCCUUUACAAAACUAUAGAGCAUAUAAAUGGCAGGUCACGGGCUAUCAGAACAAAAUAUUUUGGAUGCAAUACKUGAACUAGAAUCUGACGAAGAAGACAAUUUGGAGUUGGAGCUUUGUAACUUUGAUGAGGAUUCUUGGGACAGUGUUGCAGAUGCCGAAUAUCAACCAGAAACGGAGGAAUUAAAUGAUGUCGAAGAAAAUUUGAUACACGUAAUCAUAAAUGCAGAAGAAGCUGAAACAGAAGAAAGGGAGGAAACACCUGGAAGCAGCAAACGUAAAAAACAGAAACUUAGUGAAGGGAGAAGAAAUGGAAGAUUAGCUGCUCAAGAAAUUCGUGAAACAGAAGAGUAAGGCACCUACCCUUGCUGCCCUAGGUCAAAAACCUCCYUCCAUAAAUAUUUUUCACAUUCGCCCUGGCCCAACAGCAAAUGCAAAUAAUUCAUUGUGUCCUUCCAGCUGCUUCAAACUAUUUUUUUCCGCAGACAUAUUGGAAGAGAUUUUGGUUUAUACAAAUAAAGAAAUAAACAUUCACAGGAAGAACUAUAACGAUAAAACUCACGCGGUUUUGUCAAAUUUGGAAAUGGACGAACUUGAAGCAUUCCUUGGUUUGUUAGUCUUGUCCGCUGCUUUCAAAGAUAAUCACUUGGCAACACAUAUUAUGUUUGACACUACCUACUGUGCGGAAAGGUAAAAGGCAACCAUGCCUGAGAGAAGGUUCAAAUUUAUCCUAAAUUGUCUAAGAUUCGAUGACAAAGAAACAAGAACUGCUAGAAGAGAAAUGACCAAACUAGCUCCAGUUUCUUCUAUUUGGGACAAACUUCUAAAGAAUUGCAGGGGCAUUAGAGGCAAAUUUCCAUUCAGGAUGUAUAUUCCCUCUAAACCGAAAAAGUAUGGGAUCAAAAUUGUCAUGUCUUGUGAUAGCGGAACAAAGUAUAUGUUGGAUGCCAUUGUUUACCUUGGAAAAGGGCACAAAUCGKAAUGUCAGGAUAGACUAUUGGUUUACGACUGUACCACUCAUUCAACGUCUCCGUCAUGAAUACAAAAUAACAACUGUUGGCACAAUAAAAAAAAAAACAAAAUAAACCACAAUUGCCUAUUGAAGCUACAGAUAUAAAGUUUCAAACACGAACCGCAUCCACUUCAUUGUUUAUAUUUCAUGAGGAUUUGACAGUUGUAUUAUGCAAACCCAAUAAUAAUAAACUUGUAUUAUUGGCGUGUUGUAUGCACCGUACAGGUAGUAUUCAGAAAUAGUGUAUGUGUACAACUCAACAAAAGGAGGAGUUGACAGUUUUGAUCAGAUGUGCCAAAACAUUAACCAUGGCAGGAAAACCAGGAGGUGGCCUCUAGCAUUUUUCCAAAAUAUGAAGAACAUAACUGCAAUAAACGCAUACAUCGUUUACGCGCACAACAUGUGUAGCCAUGGGCAAGAGCCAGAAUCCCGACUUAAUUUUAUGUUAUCUCUACACAAGGAGUUAACGGGAGGAUUUCAAAGGAAAAUAUUAGCUACUAAUACAAACAUGAGUCUGGCGUUGAAAAAAUCCAUUCAAAGUAUUGUAGGCACAAGUCAAGAGGCCCAUAGCUCCGGAGACGACCAAAAGGRGAAGAAAGUCUGUAAUUUUUGUAGUUAUACCAAACGUAGAUACACCACAACUUAUUGCAAUUGUGGAUUAGCUAUUUGCGGUGAACAUGCCCAAAAAAGUGCCCUGACUGUGCUUGAAAAAUUUCUAUGCA